AUGAGCACAUAAUAAGAUUAAUGGUCAUGUUAUAAAUGUUACAAUUUGAUGUUAGAUAAUUACUAAUAAGCAAGAGAAUAGAUAGAUUAAGAAAUUAAAUAAUUAUUGAAAGUCAUUUAAAAUUUUAUAUCAUCAAUUCUACAAAUAUCAACCCCUGAUUUCAAAGUUGAUGAUUAGGAUUAUGAUUUUAUAGUUAAUAAACAAGCAGGUAAGAAGGAUUUUUAUUAUAAAUAUUGUUUGUAUUUUGAAAUAUGGUAAAAUUAUAUAAAUAGAGAAACUAAAUAAUUAAUAGAGUGUUUGAAUAUGUUUUUAAUAGAAGUAUAAAAAAUUCAUCCGCAUAAUUUUAUUCAAGAAAAUUCAAAUUAAGAAGAAAAAAGAGCUUAAAAAAAUAAUUGGUAAAUGGUUGAUAAAAAAGAUUAAAAGGAACUUUGUUGCUGUUUAGCUUUUAAUAGUAAUAGUACUAUUUUAAUUGCUGGAGCCUAAUCAUAAAUUAUAUUAUGGAAGUUUUCUUAAGGAUAAUUAAUUGAAGAAUCUUAAAUUUUAUAUGGUCAUGAAAAACCUGUAACUUGUUUAGUUUUUCAUAAAAAUUAGGAUUUUUUUAUUUCUGGAAGUGAAGAUUGUACUCUUAGAGUUUGGAGAAAGUAAUGGGUGUAAAAUUGGAUCUCAAAAAGUUACAAAAUAUAUAAAUAAGAAGUUCUUGGGGUAUUAUUAGAUGAUUAAUCAAAUUAAGUAAUAAGUUGGAGCAAAGAAAAUAUUAUAAAGAUUUAUUUAUUAUUUAAUAAAGAUGAAUUAAAGUAAAUUCAAAUUUUGAAAAAACACAACAGUAAUAUAGAUUGUGUUUGUAUGGAUUAAAAAUCAAAAAUACUUUGUUCAUCUGGAAGUGACAAAUAAUUAAUUAUUUGGAAAAAAAAUUAAAAAAUGGAAUGGUAAUUUUAAUAUGUAAUAAGUAAGACUAACAAUGAUAAUAUUUGCAGAAUGACCUUUCUUAAUGAAACACUAGUAUGUGUAUAUUGGACUGAAGGUAUUGUUCAACCUUUUUAAUUAAAAGAUGAUAAGUAUGUUGAAAAAUUAGAAUUAUAAAUUAAUUUAAAUUCAUAAUGUGAUGGAGAAAUUCUAUUUCCUUGUAUUUAUAAUAAGUAAUAAGAUAUACUUAUUAUGAAACAUUACAAAUAUAUUUAUAUUUUUAAUAGCAAUUUAGUUUAAUGUUCUAUACCUAUAGAAUGCUAAGAUUAUUAUUGUUAUGGUGCUUUAUCAAAUGAUGGAAAAUAUUUAGCUAUUUGGGAUGAUUCAUCAAAAAUGAUAAGAAUUUAUUAAAAUCCUUAAUUAUGA